AUGUCAGAUAAGGGCACCUCACGUCUAGAAGCAGCUCUAGAAAAUGAUCAAGUGUUGCAUGUGGAUGAUCCAAAAUUACUAUUUGACCAUUACCUGAACACCCUUCCAGAACAGGGAUCCAAAACUAUCAGAACUGAGGAGGCUGCUUUAAUACCUUUGGCUGCUUUAAGACCCAAGUUAAAUCCUGAAAAUAAACCAGUAAAUAUACAAAAGAGUGACAUUGACGAGAAUAAGGAAAUUGAACAUAUGGAAACCAAUGUGGAAGAGAAACUUGAAGAUCCCCUCAGUCGAUUUGAUUGGACUUUUGUAUUGUAA